GUUGAGUGAAGAGCAUUCAAUAGUGGGAGAGGAGACCGCUGCAGUGUGUGCGCUAAACGGAGCAGAUAUCACUGGAGAGAAGAGAGAGAAAAAAAUCAGAUAACAGUGGCUGUUUGAGAAUUGGUAUAGUUGGAAAAAGCUUGUAAAAAAAGUAUCGAUUACGUGGAUUUUUUGUAUAUUUUUUAUUGAUUUUGGGCCUAUGCUUUUAGAGUCAUCUCCUCACUAUUAUUAUUAAGGAACACUCCGCAUCAUUGGAAUGUGCACUGCUGCCGUAACGAGGCGCAUCUGAAGCAGCCGAGAGCUUGUUGAUCUCGGCAGUGAAGACAGGAUUUGGGGGUAAUCAAGCCUGCAUUGAAUAUCACAAACAAGAAGGUCCAUGUUUGACGGGACUGCUAAAAGGAAAAGAAAUAUCCAAAAGCCUUCUACAUUUUGGGGACUUUCCUUGGACUAAGGGUAAUGGGAAUUGACGCUUUAAAUAAAAAGGGAUAAUAUUUCUUUUCUCCAAGUGCACUUGUUCUUUGGCGAUGAUUGUGCUAUUCCUUUUGCUGUGUAUCGCGGAUGGAGUGGUCUCGCAGAUACGCUACUCUGUGCCGGAGGAGGCUGGACACGGCACGUUCGUAGGGAAUAUCGCCGAGGACCUGGGACUGGACAUGACCAAAAUCGCUUCACGCCGCUUCCAGGUUGUGCCCAGCUCGCGGACGCCGUACCUGGAAGUGAACAUGGAGAACGGGAUUCUGUUCAUCAACGAGAAAAUUGACCGGGAGCAGAUCUGCAAGCAGAGUGCCAGCUGUCUUUUACACCUUGAAGUGUUUUUGGAGAACCCACUCGAGCUGUUCCGCGUGGAGAUAGAGGUCGUGGAUAUCAAUGACAAUCCGCCCAGCUUCCCCGAAACAGACAUCACCGUAGAGAUCUCGGAGAGCGCAGUCCCCGGUACCCGGUUUCCCCUAGAGAGCGCAUUCGAUCCGGACGUGGGUUCCAAUGCGCUGCGCACAUACGACAUCACCACCAAUAACUACUUCUACUUGGAUGUGCAGACGCAGACCGACGGGAACAAAUUCGCAGAACUGGUGCUAGAGAAGUCACUGGACAGGGAGCAGCAGGCGUCCCACAGGUAUGUGCUGACUGCAGUAGACGGGGGCCAGCCGCCACGGACAGGCACUGCUCUGCUGGUGGUCAAAGUGCUGGAUUCUAACGACAACGUGCCCGUGUUUGACCAGCCAGUGUACUCAGUGAGUCUUCAGGAGAACACACCGGCGGGGACCCUCGUUAUCCAGCUGAACGCCACGGACUUAGACGAGGGGCAGAAUGGGGAGAUAGUGUAUUCAUUCAGUAACCACAUCUCCAGCCGCGUCAAGGACCUGUUCGCCAUAGACGCGCGCACUGGACGCAUCGAGGUGCGCAGUGAGGUGGAUUUUGAGGAGAGCAGUUUAUAUCAAAUAUUCGUUCAGGCGAAAGAUCUCGGACCCAAUGCCGUGGCCGCGCACUGUAAAGUUCUGGUGAAAAUAAUGGACGUAAAUGAUAAUGCUCCUGAUAUCACAUUCAGCACAGUGACCGAGUCGGUGAGUGAAAGGGCAGCCCCGGGCACCGUUAUAGCCCUGCUGAGCGUGACUGACAAAGAUGCUGAGGAAAACGGAAAGAUUCACGUUGAAAUCCUCGGUGACGUCCCGUUCAAACUCAAACCUUCCUUUAGGAACUAUUUCACCAUUGUAACAGAUGGACCCCUAAAUAGAGAGAAUGCUGACUCAUAUUCAGUGACUGUAGUUGCCAGGGAUACAGGGACCCCUUCCCUUGCCACCAGUAAAUCAAUCAAAGUGCAAGUGUCGGAUGAAAAUGACAAUGCGCCAACGUUUACGCAGCCCAUAUAUGAUGUGUAUGUGACUGAAAACAAUGUGCCAGGUGCUUAUAUCCACGCUGUGACCGCUCUGGACCCAGAUGUUGGACAGAACGCUCUCAUUAGUUACUCCAUAAUGGAGUGCGAUAUUCAGGGUAUGUCUGUGAAAACAUAUGUGUCAAUCAACGAAGAGACGGGCUACCUUUACGCACUCAGAUCAUUCGAUUACGAGCAGUUAAAAGACUUCACUUUCAUGGUUCAGGCGAAAGAUGCAGGUAGCCCUGAGCUCUUCUCGAACGCCACGGUCAAAGUAAUCAUCGUGGACCAGAAUGACAACCCUCCCUCCGUUAUUGCUCCUCUUGGUAAAAAUGGCACUGCUAGAGAGCCUCUGCCCCGCUCCGCCGAGCCUGGCUACCUGGUAACCCGUAUCAUCGCCAUGGAUGCAGACGACGGAGAGAACGCACGGCUCUCCUACAGCAUCCAGCGGGGGAACGAGAACGGCAUGUUCCGCAUGGACUGGAGGACAGGAGAAUUGCGCACUGCCCGGCGCGUCUCCACCAAGCGGGACCCAAACCAGAUGUAUGACCUGUUGAUAGAGGUGAGGGACCACGGCCAGCCACCCCUCUCCUCCACCGCCAGUGUGUUCGUGGUGCUGGUGGACAGUGUGGUGGAGGACCAUCGGGAGAGAGGCACCGCCAAGUCCAAGGAGACAUCGCUGGACCUCACCCUCAUCCUCAUCAUCGCCCUGGGCUCAGUCUCCUUCAUCUUCCUCCUGGCUAUGAUCGUGCUGGCCGUGCGCUGCCAGAAGGACAAAAAGCUCAACAUCUACACGUGCCUCACUAGUGAUUGCUGCCUCGGGUGCGCCACAUGCUGCAGCAGGCAUGCGCGAGCCCGCAAGAAAAAGCUCAGCAAGUCCGAUAUAAUGCUGGUGCAGAGCGCCAACGUCACCGGGGCCGGUACAGCUCAGGUGCCAGUGGAAGAGUCCGGGAGCUUCGGCUCUCACCACCAAAACCAGAACUAUUGCUACCAGGUAUGUCUGACUCCGGAGUCGGCCAAAACCGACCUCAUGUUCCUAAAGCCGUGUAGCCCAUCUAGGAGCACAGACACGGAACACAACCCGUGCGGGGCCAUAGUGACAGGGUACACUGACCAGCAGCCUGACAUCAUAUCAAACGGCAGCAUUUUAUCAAGCGAGACCAAACACCAGCGAGCCGAGCUCAGUUACCUGGUGGACAGACCUCGGCGUGUGAACAGUUCGGCUUUCCAAGAAGCGGAUCUCGUAAGCUCUAAAGACAGUGGUCAUGGUGACAGCGAGCAAGGCGACAGUGACCAUGACGCCACCAAUCGAGGUCACUCUGCCGGCACUGAUCUCUUCUCUAACUGCACUGAGGAGUGCAAGGCACUGGGACACUCCGACCGCUGUUGGAUGCCCUCCUUUGUGCCCUCCGACGGGCGCCAGGCAGCAGACUACCGCAGCAACCUGCACGUGCCAGGCAUGGACUCCGUGCCCGACACUGAGGUAUUUGAAAGCCAAGAGCAAACGGGCGAUAAGUCAUUCUCCACCUUUGGCAAAGAGACCCCCCUCAGCCACCACCACCAAAACCACCUCCACCUCAGCCACCACCAUGCCACCCACGCCAACCAAGCCAAGUUAGAGAGGAAAGCGUUUGAGGCACUACUGUCUAGCACGCGAGCGCCUUACAAACCUGCCUAUUUGACGAGGAAAGGGGUUUGCUAGCUCCUUUCGCGUGGACAUACCAGAGACCGUAUGACUUUGCACAAUCAGUCAAAACAACAAAAACUAAAAAGAGCAUCAAGUUCCAGACUCCAUCUCCUUAACUGUUCCACGUCUGACUGACAUUCCCCCUACGUAACAUGGAACUCUGUGGACAACAUUCCCUCCGGAAUUCUCUUGGAACACUGCCGGCCUUGGAAACUACUACCUUUUGGACUCUGGAGGGGUUGGAAGUGGUGGGGACAGACAGAGAGACAGGGUCAGGAGACGGACAGACAGACGGCUCUGCACGUGGACCCCACCGCUCUCAGCAGGACUGAGACAGAGUUGAAAACACAACUAAUAGAGGGGGGAGAAGGAAGAGGAGGAGGACGAGGAUCCCUCCUCUCCAAUCUAUGUGUGCCUGUUUACAGCACUAAUGUACAUCUUUAACAAAUAAAAUAAAAUAAAAUAAAAAAAGAACAACAACAAAAAAUGACAAAAAUGAAAAACCAAUUGGAAAAGGAACGUCAACGUCACUGAGCCCUUUAGAUGUUUAUACUCACAGCAGAAGCCAGUUGUACAGGAGAUCUUUGUGCAUUUUAAAUGCAAUACCACUGUUUUAGACUUGACUGUUUUUCUAUUCAGUUUGUGUGGUCAGGUGUCUUCUCCUCAGAUCUAAAGUACUUCAACUUUAUAAGGAAAGAUUGUGAGCUGGAUUAUGAAUUUUCAUGUUCUGUUUCUUUUUAUUCUUUUUUUUCCCAUCACAUAGUGGAUCUGAACAGUGAUGGGCUUCACCUUUGAAUUCUGAGCUGUUUAGUAGUUUAUAUCAUGUGAGAAGUGUUUAAUGUACUCUUUUGAAAAGCUUCAAAAUGCAUAUAAAUCUAUAUAUAAAUCUAUCAAUAUAUACUUUUUCUGAAGGUGUGCUAUCCAUUUGGUGGGUUUUCUAUUCUGUGUAGACAGAGGUCCAUAAGCUGCUUAAAGUGCUGUAGAAGGCUUGGGACGAUCUAACAGGUUGGGGGUGUUCUUUACCAUGAAAACACAACAGCCUUGUCUGCCGCGUGAUCGUUUUCAUCCGGUUUGAUUUCUUUCUUUUUUUUUGGGGGGAUAUUGAAAGUUGAAACUCAUGUCUAUAAAUAAAAUUAAAGGCGGUAAUAAUUUAGAUUGAAUUCCAUGGUAAUUCUGUGUUAUUGUAACCAAAAAAAAAGGGUCAAUUAAAAAGAACAAAACAAAAAGUGGCCAUAUAAUGAAAGGUGUUGUGCACUUGCAGUGCAAAAUCAAAUAUGUGCACAUACACUCACUCACAUACACUCACUCACAUACACAGACUCUCACACACACUCACAUACACAGACUCUCACACACACCAUUAUGCCAACAAUAAAUCAAAAAAUGAGAAAUGUACGGUUUGUCUCAUGUUGUUUGAUUUUCGAUAACUUGGGCGGGUUUACAUCCAAUCACAGCGAAGGGAAUGUCUGAUAUCCUGACCUCUAGUCCCAAUGUAUAUCUAUUGUAUGUCAGCGCCCUUAGAUCAUUUCAAUUCAUAUUUGACUCUGUAAAGUGUCACCUGUUUUAUAGGAUAUGGUGAGGUUGUUUUCACAUUCUCUAUUACUCUUGAUUUUACAUACACCCCUUGUGAUUCCUUCCAUCUGGUGACAGAUACACGGUAAGGACAUGUUCUUUUUUCGAGGGAGGCUUUUUGACAGCGUCUGAAUGGAGGAAGGAUGCACAGAAAGACUCCAGGCAGUUGGGUUAUGGAAUACAUGCCGCAGCUCUGGAAGAUUACAGGUCUCAAUUGGACACCCACGUUCUUCAGCUUUCAACGGAGUUCCCCAUUCUGACAACCGCUAAAGAGAAAUCAUAGAAAAUCUAUGUUUAUAUGUGAGUGGUGAGAAAUGCCUAUAUAGGCCACACAAUGAUGGCAUAUGUUAACUAACACACUGUGGCCACAUGCUUCUUUCAGUCGUUUGUCAGUCUGGUGCGUUUCCUUGCUAAAAUCUUGUUUAAAAAAAAAUGACAUGUUUUUUUAAUCUAUUCUUUUCACACAGAACAAGUGUUUAAGAUUAAACUUCUGCCUUCAAUUAUACAGUACAUGUGUAAUCUUCCUGAAGUGGCAGUAACGACACAUAAACAAGGUGGAAUAAGAUAUUAGCCACAGAUGGUGACUAACCAAUAGCAGAGUCUAAAUGAGAGACAUAAUGACAUGUAAUCCUUUAUAAUCUCACAUGUUUGAAUAUUCAUUGAUGUUUUUCCACCAGAGAUGUGUUCCAAUCUGAUAAACAGGAGGUAUUAAAAUCUAUAUUAAUCUUUGGCUCACAGUCUACAUCAAAAAACAUAACAUGAACGACAUCUUGACUGAGUUCAUAUUUAUUCAAGUCUUAAGUAACAAUUGGAAAUCUACAUGUAGAAUAAAUGUAAAUAAAAUGAGUUGAAAUCUG